GUGGGCGGGACUUUUGUGUCUGUCAGAGAGUCUGCUAAACGUUCUUAGCAUAAACACACAGAAAAGCCCGGAUUUAAGAUCGUAAACUGAGUAAAUGUGGAUUAACGGUUGUUUUCCAGGUGUUUUCUGCGUCUGAUGAUUUCAUGAAAACAUCUCGGGGAGAAAGAGUCGCUUCACGGCCGUCAUGUCUGUUUCUGAGGAGCAGCCUGAGAAACACUGCUGGGUGUGUUUUGCCACAGAGAGAGACGACCACAGUGCAGAGUGGGUGAGUCCCUGCAGGUGUAAAGGCUGCACCAAAUGGAUCCACCAGUCGUGUCUUCAGCGCUGGCUGGACGAGAAGCAGAAAGGAAACAGCGGCGGAGCCGUGUCGUGUCCACAGUGCGGCACCGAGUAUCACGUCACCUUCCCCAAGAUGGGUCCUCUGGUGUUUUUCCUGGAGCAGGUGGACAGAGCGCUGUCUCGAGCCAGUCCCUUCGCUGCAGUCGGUGUGGUGGCCGGGACCGUGUACUGGUCAGCGGUGACAUACGGAGCCGUGACCGUCAUGCAGGUUGUGGGUCAUAAGAAGGGCCUGUACGUGAUGGAGCGAGCCGACCCACUCUUCCUGUUGAUGGGUUUACCCACAAUCCCUGUGGUGCUGGUCCUGGGGAAGAUGAUCCGCUGGGAGGAUUAUAUCGUGAGGCUGUGGCAGAAAUACUCGUUUAAACACUAUCUCCCUUCAGGAAACAGUCGUUAUCGUCCUCGUGUCCCCGCUGACGGCUCCGGAGUAGGAGACCACCUCUCUGUGUCCAGGACUCUGUGCGGCGCUCUCAUCUUUCCCUCCAUCGCCAGCUUGGUGGGAAAAAUCCUGUUCCAGCGCGUCAACUCCAGCCUGCAGCGCACCCUACUGGGGGGCAUCGCGUUCGUGCUGAUCAAGGGCGUGUUAAAGGUGUAUUACAAGCAGCAGAAGUUCGUCGUGCAGGCCAACAGACAGAUCCUCAACUACCCGGAAAGAAACGGAGACAGACCGAGAGAGGACGGGGACGAGGACACGGAGGACAGUGGCAACGAGUAGCUGCUGCGUCCACAGAGACAGAGAAACGGGAGACGCAGUCAGACGCGACGAUUCAAAUAAAGGACAUGCAUUUAUUUUAUAAUAAAACACAGAGGUGAACUCAGGUGAGUGACAUUAAAACAACAAUCAGAACAAAGACACAUUUAAACGUCCACUGUGUCGUUUUUGUCUGAUUUAUUGGCAGAAAUUCAAUGUUUGUGAGUGUGUUAUCACUUUCAAAAUAAAGAUUAUUUCUUGUUUGUAGCUUAUAUACGAACAUGAGGCUAAAGGAGGCCGCCAUUUUGUGUCGCCAUGCUUCUGUAGUAGCACAAACGGACGAACAAACUGGAGCAAACGAGGAAGAAAAGUCUGCUGUUAAGAAAAUGAAUAAACAAAAACCUCAUGAGCUGACGAACAACUCUAACGUGCUUGUUUGUGGUCUGUGAAGGCCACCGUAGUUCUGUAAUCUGUUCCUGGGAAAGAGAAGGGUUCACAGCGGAGUCCUCUGUUGUAAUCUGCAGCCUCACCACUAGUUGUCACUACUUCUGACACACUGGACCUUCUACAAGAAAAACCUGGCAGACGAGUUCACGACCACAGUUUGUAACUUCACAACAGCAGUUCGUAACUUCACGACAACUUCACAACAGCAGUUCGUAACUUCACGACAACUUCACAACAGCAGUUCGUAACUUCACGACAACUUCACCACAGCAGUUCGUAACUUCACGACAACUUCACAACAGCAGUUCGUAACUUCACGACAACUUCACAACAGCAGUUCGUAACUUCACGAUAGCAGUUUGUAACUUUGCGGCAUUGUAGCGAAAGUUACAUGUGUGAUCACACUGUGAGUGUGACUGAUUUACUGUAAAACAAAUAUGACAAAAGUGCUAUUAAUGGUAAAUGUAGCAUAGCUUUUGACGAGUGGCGGCCAUCUUGGUAGCCUAUGUCGGAGCUGUUGUUCUGCCCCUGUAUAGCCCUCUUUAGACACGCCCCCUCCCUGUGAAUCAGCUCGUUUAAAGAAGACAAAAAGGUUAGAAUGAAACUGAACUGGAGUUUUGUUCGUACUUGAUUAUUUAUUGGUCUUAUGUUUUGAACGUGUGACACUUUGUGACGUGUUUAUGUUGCUUUGGAACGUAAAAAAGAUAAACUCAUGAUUUGAAGCUCUCUGUGCCGCUGACAACAGUUAAAUAUUUUAAAUACAAACAUCCCUGCAGUCAGAGGUUGAUGGUGAAAGAGUAUAAAUUGUCUCAGUUUUUGCCAAACAAACGCGUCAGAAACUCAACCAUAGCUCUUAUUUUACGUUUUGCUGAAUAAUUUGUCAAAUAAAGUUUUCUGAAAUGAAA